UUUCGCAUUCCGGUAAAUUAUGCUCGUAGUCCGUUGUUGUUGCUUUUUCAUAUAUCAAAACGUAAUAUUAGGGUGAGUGUAUCGAUCGUGUUGGAUAUCAACUUCAGACCGAGUGCGUCCACCGUCGAAGACGCACGAUGGAGGUGAACGUUAUCUACUUAACGCUAAUAGUCGCGAUUUUGGGGAUAAUCUACCGUCGGCUUACCAAGAACCAUGAUUACUUUCGUGAGAAACCAAUACCGUCGUUGGCUGCGUGGCCUGUGUUCGGCAGUACUGCUGAUCUGAUUAUGAAGAAGUGCACCUAUAUCGAUUUCGUCAAGCGGGUCUACGACCAAUUUGCGAGUGUUAAAGUAUUCGGUCUGUUCGACACCAACUCUCCGGUAUUCGUUAUCCGGGAUCCGGAACUUAUUAAACAGAUUGCGGUGAAGGAUUUUGACCACUUUGUCGAUCGGCGGCCGAUUUUCGGUACUAGCAGCAGUGACAAUCCGAACGUGCUUUUCAAUAAAGCCGUGGCUAUGCUAAACGGCCAAAAGUGGCGUGAUAUGAGAGCUACUCUUAGUCCGGCGUUUACUGGGAGUAAAAUGCGGGCAAUGUUUGGUCUGAUGACAGAUUAUAGUGACCAGAUGGUUAAGAUUCUGCGAACGGAGGUCGAUAGUGGGAAAGGUUACCGUGAAUACGAAAUGAAGGAUUUGUUCUCAAGGAUUGCAACCGACAUUAUUGCAACUUGUGCUUUCGGGAUAGAGGUGGAAUCAGUGAAGGACACCGGGAACGAAUUUUUUGUGAUGGGUAAGGCUAUACUGAAUUUUUUCAGAACGUCGGUUAUGCUUCGAAUGCUGGCAUAUUCGUGGUUCCCAGAAUUAAUGCAGAAUUUAGGAAUCGAUGUCAUUGAUAGAAAGCAAAUACGAUACUUUACGAAUAUUAUCAAAGAAACAGUGAAAAAUCGAGAAACUCAUGGCAUUGUUCGACCGGACAUGAUCCAUCUAUUGAUGUUGGCCAAGAAAGGUGAUCUGAAGUAUCAACAGGAAAAGGUUAAAACAGUUGAAGGAUUUGCCACGGUGGAAGAAUCAAAUGUUGGGCAAGUAUCUGUCACCAAAACCCUGACGGAUGCGGAAUUUACAGCACAGUGCAUGAUAUUCUUUUUUGCGGGGUUCGAGGCCAUAUCUACGGCAAUGGUGUUCAUGGCAUACCAACUCGCGAUGAGUCCUGAAGUUCAACAGAAAUUGUACGAGGAGAUUCUAGCAACGAACGAGCAAUUGAAAGGGAAGGUACUAUCAUACGACACUCUACAGGCGAUGAAAUACAUGGAUAUGGUUGUAUCAGAGACUCUACGACUAAUAGCAAAUCCGAUGACGGAUCGUUUGUGUGUUAAAGACUAUCAUCUGGAUGAUGGCCAGGGUCUUAGGUUUACGAUCGACAAAGGCACCUGCGUUUGGUUCCCGAUAUACGGCAUUCAUCAUGAUCCGAAAUACUAUCCAAACCCAGAGCAAUUCGAUCCGGAGCGGUUUAACGACACGAAUCGAGUGAACAUUAAUAUGUCCACAUAUUUACCUUUCGGAAUUGGACCACGUAACUGUAUCGGUUCGAGGUUUGCGCUGAUGGAAAUGAAAGCAAUCAUGUAUCAGUUGUUGCUGAAUUUCAGCAUUGAGCGAACAGAGCAAACUCAGGUACCACUCAAAGUCGGGAAAGGACUGCUUCCAUCGAUUUCAGCGCAUUUGAAGCUUAGGUUAAGAGCGUAGACCUAGCCCGCUGCAACACAGGGUCAAGGGGGAAUAGGUUGAAUCCGAUUCUUCGCUUUUUCGCUACUAUGUAGGAUAUCAAAAAUGAAUAAAA